GACAGGACGGAGGUGACCGAAGUGAAUACUCAGACUCAGGAACGGCUCAAUGGCCUGCUGCGCGACUUCGAAUCACUGAAGCUCCAACAGGUAGGCUAUCCUUGCAACCAGAACUUCGACUACUCGGCGCUGCUGCCCUUCUUGAGCUACUGCCCCAACAAUGUGGGCGACCCUUUCCACGACAGCAAUUUCCGCAGCAACACCCACGAGAUGGAGCGUGAAGUCGUGGGUCUGUUCGCCGAUAUGAUGCACCUAUCGCGGGAUGAUGCCUGGGGGUAUGUUACCUCCGGCGGCACCGAGGGGAACAUGUAUGGGUUGUACAUUGGCCGCGAGAUGUUUCCUGACGGCGUUGUGUACUUCUCACAGGAUACUCAUUACAGUGUGGUCAAGAUUCUGCGUGUUCUGAAGUCGCGCAACAUAAUGAUCAAGAGCCAGGACAGCGGAGAAAUAGACUACGAAGAUCUUUAUGAGACGAUCAGAAUCAAUCGCGACUCGCCCGUAAUCUUCAUUGCGAACAUAGGAACCACGAUGAAGGGGGCGGUGGACGAUGUCGGCAGGGUGCGAAAGAUUCUCGACGACCUGGUGAUUACAAACUUUUACAUACACGCCGACGCCGCGCUGAGCGGAAUGGUUCUACCCUUCGUGGAUGAGCCGCAGCCUUAUGGAUUUGACGCAGGCUUCGACAGCGUCGCGGUGAGUGGGCACAAGAUGAUCGGGUCGCCGAUGCCCUGUGGCGUGGCUCUGACAAAGCGCGAAUAUGUCGGACGCAUUGCGCGGUCGAUAGAGUACGUGGGUGUACUGGACACUACUCUGACGGGAUCGCGCAACGCAAUCACACCGCUAAUGCUAUGGUACGCCUUUGAGCAGCAUGGACUGGACGGUUUCCGUGAAAUCGUAGGAGAGUGUAUCUCCGUCGCGGAGUAUGCCGUCUCCCGCUUCAAUGACAGCGGCAUCCCAGCUUGGCGGAACAGGAACUCGGUCACGGUCGUCUUUCCCAGGCCGUCAGAGGAAGUGAUUCGAAGGUGGCAACUCGCUCCUUACGAAGACAUCGCCCAUCUCAUAGCUAUGCCCCAUGUGACGCGUGAGAUCAUAGAUAGGGUAGUUGAUGACUGUUUACGCAGCCAACAGACAAACCCAAGCACGGGAGAAUGA